AUGUCGGAUGGAUUUACCAAGAAAUUGGCUUAUGAUGUGGUAAUAUGUAUACUUUUGAGACUUCCAGUGAAAUCUCUCCUGCGAUUCAAAUGCGUCUCCAAAACUUGUUACACUCUCUUGCAAUCAUCCAGUUUUAUAAAUCUUCAUCUCAAUCACACCACAACGGUGACAGAUGAAUUUGUUCUCCUUAAGCGCUCUUUCAAAGAAGAUGUCAACAAAUAUAAAACUGUUUUCUCUUUUUUCUCUGGUGAUGGUGAGGAUUAUGUCAAUCCCUUUUUUUCAGACAUUGAUGUUCCACAUAUGAUGGGUGAUUAUAGUCUUAUUUUUGAUCAACUCAUCGGUCCAUGCAAUGGUUUGAUUGCUUUGAUGGAUGGCCUUAGAACUGUCAUAUUCAAUCCCUCUACUAGAAAUAUAAGGCUUCUCCCUCCCAGCCCUUUUGAUCGUCCAAAAGGAUUCCAUCGAUACAACAAAUGUAUUGGGUUUGGCUUUGAUUCUAUUGUGAAUGAUUACAAGGUUAUUAGAAUAUCUGAGUUUCUCAAGGAUGAUCUUUAUGGAAAUGUUGAAGUGGAAGAGGAAAAUGUUGAAAUUUAUGAAUUGGGUAUUGAUUGUUGGAGAGAAUUGGAUUAUGUAGACCAAGAGUUACCCAUCAUGCAUUGGCUACCUUGUUCUCAGAUGUUUUACAAGGGAACUUGUCAUUGGAUUGCCGAAAGGGCAAUUCUUUGUUUUGAUAUGAGCACUGAGAUUUUUCGUAAUAUGAGAAUGCCUGAUAUUUGUCCUAAUUUUCGUUGUGAACCGUAUUAUAGCCUCGUCAUCUUAAAUGAGUCACUAACCUUGAUAUGUUACCCCUCUGUAGUGCCAGUAAUUGAUCCAACAGAAGAUCUUAUUGAAAUAUGGAUAAUGAAAGAUUAUGAUCUAUAUGAGUCUUGGAUUAAGAAAUGCAUAAUUAGAGAUCUUCCUAUUGAAAUCCCAUUAGCAGUUUGGAAAGAUAAUUUAUUGCUUUUUCAAAACAGAAGAGGAUUUUUGAUGACCUAUAAUCUUAAAGCCGAUGAUGUCAUGGAAUUCAAUUUACACGGUUGUUCCCAAAGCAUGAGAGUUACAAUUUACAAGGAAAACAUGGCCAAAAUACCGAGAGGAAGCGAGAAUGGUACACAAGUUCAGAAAUUCUAGAGAAGGUACUAAUUUACAGGAUGACGCAUCUUCUCAGUAGGACAGCAUUCGUAUUAGCUUAUUGGUGAGCCCCAUCUCAUUCGGGGUUUAGUCAACUCUUUAUUUUAUGAUUAGCUAUUCAUCUACGGUAUGCUGGGGGCCUUGUGCUAGCGAGUAUGUUUUCCAUGUUCAGACUUAUGUUAGAGGUUUCAUAGACUAGACAAGUCAGUUAUGUCAUGUCAC